CUCAAACGAGCAAGAAGUGCUGCGAGGCGUGCUCCAAGUACGCCAAAUAAAAACGUCUAUAAGCCCAACAAGAAUGACUUUCUGAAGCAUAAAUCCAUGUCAAUGAUGCCAGCGUUGCUGUCGGAAAGAAAGCAGUUUUAAAGAAUAAUUGGUGGGACAAUUUGUUAUGGCGACUACUGAGAUGGAUUCAGAAAGCAGAACAGAUCAAGAGACAGCUGUCCAACCUGAUUCAAAGUACCCGUUGAAAGUGCUUUAUUGUGGAGUGUGCUCUCUGCCUACAGAGUACUGCGAGUACAUGCCCGAGCCCGCCAAAUGUCGGCAGUGGCUUGAGAAGAACUUCCCGGAUGUUUUUGCCAGGAUGACGCUCGGCCCGGCAGCAAAAGCGCCCAAACAGGAUCCCGACGCUGGAGAUGCUCUCCCUGCUGGCGAGGAGGAGGAGAAGAAGAAGCAGAAGAGAGGCGGGCGGGGUCAGAUCAAACAGAAGAAGAAGACGGUGCCUCAGAAAGUCACGAUAGCAAAGAUCCCGCGAGCCAAGAAGAAAUACGUCACACGGGUGUGCGGCCUGGCAACGUUUGAUAUCGACCUCAAAGAGGCUCAGCGCUUCUUUGCGCAGAAAUUCUCUUGCGGUGCCUCCGUCACGGCUGAGGAUGAAAUAAUCAUUCAGGGAGAUUUCACAGACGACAUCAUCGACGUCAUUCAAGAGAAGUGGCCCGAGGUGGAUGACGACAGCAUCGAUGACCUCGGCGAGGUGAAGAAGUGAAAGACCAAAUGUGCACUUUUACUGAGAACGGAUGUGACGUGUAAACAGCGACAACAUGGCCAAAUGUACACAUGACGUCAUUUUAUACCUAAUUUUAUUUGACUGUACAUAAAACGCUGCACACCUGGCCACUCAACUUGAUUUUUUUUGCAUUUUUUUUUUUGUUUUUAUCCGCUCUCUCUCUGGUUUGCCAAAGGUAACGUGAAGCGUCUCCUGAAUCGAGUCAAACUAACAUAUCACCCUCACCGUGUACACUUGCUCCAUUUUUGCUCUGUUCUUCAACACAUUAAAGGA